AAAGUUAAAUGGUGUUUUGCUGUCAUGGAAACCAGAAUGAAGAAAAACUCCAGUUUUAAAGCCAACAACAGUGAUAAUGUUACCUGUUGGCCUUGAUGUGUGAAUGGGCCCUGCUCAUAUUACAUGUCCUGGACUACAUCCUGUUUCAGAUUGUGGAAUGCUGCUGGACGAGACUCCACUUUUUGAGCCUUCCCUGCUUCAGGAGCUAGACUGGAGUAGCAACGCUGUCUCCUUCUCUCCCCCCAUCUCCCCGUCCAGCCCAGGGGAAGGUCUGGUGCUCAGGCCACUCUGUAUGGCAGACUUCAACAGGGGAUUUUUCAAGGUUUUAUCUCAACUCACUCAGGCGGGCGAUGUCUCACCAGAGCAGUUCACGAAAAAGUUUGAGCACAUGAAGAAGACCGGAGACUACUAUGUCGUUGUGGUGGAGGACACAAAUCUGGGACAGAUCGUUGCUACGGCUACAUUGAUCACAGAACACAAAUUCAUCCAUUCCUGUGCUAAGAGAGGCCGGGUGGAGGAGGUGGUAGUCAGUGACGUGUGCAGAGGGAAGCAGCUGGGAAAACUCUUAGUUUCAACUCUUACUCUUCUGAGCAAAAAACUGGAUUGCUAUAAAAUCACACUGGAGUGUGCACCCAAAAAUGUGGCUUUCUACCAAAAGUUUGGCUACACCGCCUCAGAUGAGACUUACAUGCAGUGUCGAUUCUUGGACAGAGGACAACAGCAGCUUUAAGCGUCCGUUUUUGGGGCAUGGACCACACCCACUGACAUCAAAACUUGCAUCGACAAAGCGUCUUUAGAAUUGGAAGCGCGGCCUGGGGAUGUGCACAGUUGAGUGGUUACUGAACACUCGUCCUGAUUUCAGCACACUUGAGUAAACAUAAAUGUAUGUUGAAGCCCUCGGCUCAGUCCAAAAGCAUCCUCCUCCCCUUUGGUAACAAUGGCUACCUCACCAGGGUGGAGCCCUGUCAUCAUCUUCCCGCACCAUCUGAAGCAAUGAGCGUCAGUUACUGUAUAUGUAAUGUCUUAGUGUGUUACAUUGUUAAUAAGUAACUUGCUCUGUACUAACAGAAACAAAACAAAUUGUAUCUGACUACAUGCAACUGAAAUACAAUUGCUUGGGAAUACCAAAUUAAGUUAUACAUCCGAAGCCAUUAUUAAAUUAUUUACUACAGGCAACAGAGGUUUGGUACAAAACCAAUUAUGCUUGAAGGAAUAACUUUAGAUCAUGAUUCAAACUUAGUCUCUUAGAUCUGUCUGUUGCAUCAUCAAGGGCAAGUCACCAAAGAAAAUCAGCUUUGUUUCUUUAAAUGUGAUUAGGAACUUAAUUCUCUCAGAUCCUUUGGGUUUUACUUGGGUUUCUUUUUCUAACCUGUUCUCUUUGGUGCAAAGUGCUCCAUCUCAGCAGGCUUUUCUUUCUUUCACAGCAGUGUUGCUGAACAGCUACAAUGAAGGUUCGAUUACUACAACACAUGAAGCAUUACUAUUAAGACUGUUGUAAUGUAUAAUAUUUCUAGUGAACAAAAAGGUUUGUUGAAUGAACCUUCUUAAGGUUUUGUAAUAGAGCAAUAUUUAAACACAAUUGUGAUGAGUAUCAAGACAUUUUGUGAUGGGAAAUGGAUAAAAAAACUACUUUUCUUUUUUUUUUUUUAAAUGAACUCUCUCUAUUUAAGUUUCAUAAUUACGCUGUUAUUCUGGAGAACAGGGGAACAGUUAAUGUAAUUUAUUUCCAAAGGUGUAAUAGAUAAAAUAUUCUAUGAU